AUUUCCCACACAUCCCACUCCCCCACGCAACAGACCAUGGCUCUACCAAACUUCCCACUCAAUGUCACACUCACCACGUCGCACAAUUAACGCCUAUUUUCAGCAUAUAGAUCGACAGGACCCAUAACCUGUCAAUCCGUUGGCGCCAUGCUUCUAUGCUUCGGCAGAUCGCCCUGCCGCCCAGUCUCGCCUGUUCUAGACCGGAGGAUACUUUGCGAUCCAGGAAGGGGGAGCUUGGAGAAGGGACCCCGAACCGCACCGUUUCGUCCCUUCGUCCCACCAUGGCCGAUGCUGCAUACGCACACUUCCUCAAGCUACUGCGUAUGAUUCAUGCUCGUUGAUUGGUCGGACCCAUUCAACCGCUUAAGCUGAAGUUUGACACUUUGGCAGUCUGAUGAAGCCAUAUUAAUAGCUUUCAAGGAGGUCCUUCUGCCCCAUCUUGGCCGUCAAAGCCAGCUUCAAGUUUUCAUUUUCGGGUUCGUGCUCACCACAGCCACAAGCAGAAUCUUUCUCUUCUUUCCUUUCUACCUGCCCUACAGAAUUGAUUCAAUUGCCCACUUGAUCCUCGAGAGGGCAUACCUGUCUGUUUGAGAAAGGAUGACGGAACGCUGUUCCUGCCUGCUGUGGUGAAAUCAUAGCUUCCUGAUUGAUUUCCACCCCCCGUGACACCUCGCUCCUGCCUCCUUUGCUAGCUUCACCUACCUAACCUUACCUUACCUUAUCAAUCAGCAAACUCAACCACCCACCUUGACCUCUACAUUUUCUUUCAGCAACCCAUCAGAUUUCUCACAAGGCACCACCUCGUGACAACCACAGCUUAUACUUCUUCAGCCCGCAGAUUCAUUGAUCCUUCUAUCAAUAGAAUUCUGCAACUACGCUGUCGUUUUCAAGAGCGCCCACAAAGCCUGGACUCACCUACAACUUUCUCAUCAACAUCACGACCAAGUCCAUCGAUAACACCCGAUCGACCUCACAUUCAGAUAUCUCAAGCGCAUCAUUCAUCAAAGUCGUCCUCUGAAAGAAGAACUGCCAUUGUCACUCUCAGCGGAUUGAACACUUCGGAUCGGACAAUUGCAAUAUUUCGGAACGGAAGCAGCGACUUCAAAUCUCAAAGCUUUGUGGUUUUCCAGAGUACUCACAGGCAGACCAAACUUCAAAUAGUGAGCUACAAUUCCAGCGAACCUUCCCUUUCCAAAUUAUUUGCUAAAAAAUAUUUUCCAGGUUCAUCUCCUCAACACUCCACAAGCCAACAUACCUAUGCUUUCGCAAUGACCAAAGCUAAUCAUCUGGCUGCCACAGUCGUUGACGAUGGCACAUCCUCCGUCACAGCAGUCACAGAUGAUGACGCCAUGACCCUCGUCGACCUGUUCGGAGAUCUCGACGUCGAAGAACUCACCGAGCCUGACAACAAAACCACAUCUGGGGAGUCGACCAGCAUUGUGAGCUCAGAGGCUAGCACAAACGCCGCUGAUAGUGAGGUCGGCCUGAAAAAUAAGCCAAACGAGAAGGGCAAGACCGCAGACACAAGAAGCCAGUCAGUCACAGAAGCAGAGACAUCCUCUGUAGUCACAUCAGAUGCAGCCAACUCAGAUGUGGCUGAGUCGUCAGCUUCUGGCGAGACAGCCUCAGAGGACAAGAGCACAACCGACGAUGCAUCCUCAAAGAGCGGAGACGCCUCUACUGGUGGCCAUUCAUCAACCACGGGCGAGUGGACAGCCUCAGAGGAUGCCCUCAUCAUCAGCAUGAAGGAGGGUGGUGAGACCUGGGCUUCCAUUGGGAACGCGAUCAACAGAGGCAAGAACGAGGUCAAAAAGCGCUGGCACGUAUUGAAGAUCAAUGUUGCCAAUUCGGCCGAAUCCACUGGCGAGGCUCAGACAGUGUCUGGAGGAGAGACCGCCCAGACCGAAUCCCAGGCCGGUACUGAGGCUGAUGCCAAAACCGACGUGAGCCAAGAUGAGGCAAAGAAGUCAGAUGAUGAUAAGUACAAAUCCAAGGCAGAGAGAAAGGCGGAGCGCAAAACCGAAAAGCAGAAGCAGAAGAAUAAAGAGACCCCCGAGUCUGAUGAAAAAGCGAAAGAGCCGCAAAAACCUUCCAAGGAGGUGAAGACCACUGGGGGCAAGAAACCCGAGUCCAAGCCCAAGGAGCCCAAACAGAGAGGCAAACCCGCCAAGCCCGCCCCGUCAGAGGACUCGUCAAAGCCUGCUACCUCAGACACCAACGAUGAGACCCCGAGCUCAUCCUACCGAGACCGCUUCAACCUCCUCCGCGACACCUCCUCGGCCUCCGAGUCAACGUCAUCCGCUACCAGCGCAGACGAUAACGACGCCGAUCCUCAAGUUCAAUACAAACGCGAACUCGCCGGCCAGGAGCGCUACAUCCGCCGCCACAUCCACCCGGUGCUCUACCCUCCCGCGCCCGCAGCAUCCCAGAAGAGAAAGAGACCACUUCCCCCUCCCGCCAAUAGACGUGCGCCCAGCCCAGCAGACAGACAGCAGCGGCGAGACGACGCGACGCUCGCAGCCGUGGUGUCCAAGAGGGAGGCGACAAAGUGGCUCGAGAUGCAGGCCAACUUUUACAAUGCCACGGGCCGGAUGGUGCCGCUUCACAUGAUCAAGUCGAGGUGUGAGGCUGAGGAAGACCGAGGCAAAGCCGCCGGCGUGCGGAGUUGGGCCUCCUCGGUGGCCGGUAGCGAGGAUCUGUUAGACCCCUACGAGGGUCGGGACGCUCCUGAGGAUGCUCUCGUCGAUGAUGACGAGGAUUGAUACCCCCCAUUUUUUUCUCCUUUCUUACGCUUGUUUGCGAAAUGCGACCCUCAUGAGACAUCUGGCUCGAGGAGGGUAACGACUGACGAAUGACGAUGACGAAAAAGGUUACUUCCUCACCUUUUUUCGUCUACGAGACUUUGAUCGUGGCUUUGAUUUGGGACAACUGGUUUAGACGGAUGGGAAUGGGUUAUCAGAUAUCAAAAAUUGGGAUUGGGGAUUCGGG